GCUGAUUUCUGUUGGAACUUUCUGGAAACAGGAGGGAUUUUGAACCUGGAGACUGAGAAGUAGGCUACAUUGUAUCACCUCGGUGACAGAUCACAUGCUUGGAUGGAAGUUCACUUUGGCAGGUUGUAAGGAGGCUUCAAAUCACCACAACACUAGAUUUGUAUUCAUCCUGGAAGAAACUGUCAUGACUGCUGAGCCUGUUUGUGUUUCUGUGAGCCUGACCCGUCUGUGUUUUUCACUGGGAUUAUAAACAUGUUAUUGUUCUCACACAAACCACGGGUCGGAUUUGCUCUCGGUGGACACGGGGUGUUCUUCUCUCAGGAUAACAUACAGGCUGCUGCUGCUGGACUGGAAUUUGCUCUUUACACUUUUGCUCAGUCUGCCGCUGUCAUGGUGGACAGGAAAAGCCUGUGACUGCAUUUCAGAGACUCACAUGGUCUUUUAUCCCAAGGAGUUAGCCCUGAAGCAGCUAUAUGUGAUGUACAGUGCAUGAAAGGAGCACCUAGAAGGACUCGCACAGGAUUGAAUAUGCAGCUGCAGAUAGAUACAACUGUGAUUUAUUUUUUGUUAAAGAUGCUGCUUAAAUCUGUAAUCUAAGGCUACUUGAGAGUUAAUUUAGUUUUCAUCUUUUUCUGUGCAGGUUUAAGAAAUAAGUACCAACCGGGUGCUAUAAAAGUUAUUCUUUGGUUAUUCUGUGUUAGUCCUAAUAGAAUGCUACUUUCUCUUUGUAUUCUAGAUGUCUUCCUGUUCCUCGGGUAGGAACGGGACUUAUUUCUCUCAGGGUUUAUCCCCCUCUUGUCUGUAUCCUGUCUGUGGCAGGAAGGAGGUGUAAUAGACAAUGUGACAUCAGUGCAAGCAAGGCACUUUCUCAUUGGGUUCAAAGUUUAAACUCUGUGGCUUAGGCAGGAGGGUAAUUCCACUUUGAAACCUUGUCAGGUUUCACUGUCACAGGUGAUCCAGUCUCAAAUCAAGAGAGAGGGAUUGUGUCACCACUUUCUCUUUAAACCCUGAGUUGGCCCUGAUAUUUCCUGAUGUGAGAGGACUUGCAUCUCCAAGCCUGUGACUGUUUCUGGAGUUUGCAUCAGGCCGAAGUGGAAUGUUCGACCAUCUGUAUCUCCAGAUGUGUGUAGACGCUGGAUCAAGACCAGCGUACUGUGAAUGACACACACAUACUCACACACAUGCAUAUCUGUGUUGUGGACUUCGGGGACCUUUAAUACAUUCGCACAGCCGCAGCAAAAAGACAAAAGCAAACUAAUCAAUGGAGUGCUUAUGCAGACGGGCAGCUGGUUUCCACGAAGAUCAGAUCCAAACUGAGAGUCCAGUCGUGAUCUCCUCCUACGCCUUACAGUUAGAACUAGACUGCAUUGAUGGAGGAGGAGGAAAUUAUGACAUAGUCAACAAUGCUGUGAUCUCAACCCCCGGGCCACCAAACCACAGAGCCCAAAAUGUGUCAUUACGGCAAAGCUGGGAGAUGAACUACCAAGAGGCAGCCAUCUACCUGCAGGAGGGAGAGAACAAUGAUAAGUUCUUCACUCAUCCUCGUAACCCAAAGGCACUGGCAGCGUACCUGUUUGCCCACAACCACCUGUUCUACAUGAUGGAGCUGCUGACAGGCCUGCUGCUCAUGAUGCUGUCUCUGUGUGAAGCUCCCGCUGUGCCCUCUCUGCGCCUGGAUGUCUAUGUCCACGCCACUCUGGAGCUACUGGCUUUGGUUAUGGUGGCAUUUGAACUAUGCAUGAAACUCCGCUGGUUAGGCUUCCACACCUUCAUACGACACAAGAGGACCAUGGUGAAGACGUGUGUGUUGCUGCUGCAGUUCGUGGAGGCCAUAGUGGUUCUGAUCAGACAGACGUCUCAUGUACGAGUGACAAGAGCUCUCAGACCUAUUUUCCUGGUGGACUGUAGAUACUGCGGUGCUGUGCGCAGAAACUUGCGUCAGAUCUUCCAGUCCCUCCCACCUUUUAUUGACAUCCUCCUUCUGCUGCUCUUCUUCAUGGUUAUUUUUGCUAUCUUGGGUUUCUGCCUCUUCUCUACAAACACAUCCGACCCAUACUUCAGCACUCUGGAGAACAGCCUCGUCAGUCUGUUUGUGCUGCUGACCACAGCAAAUUUUCCAGACGUGAUGAUGCCAUCUUACUCUAAGAACCGCUGGUCUUGUGUUUUCUUCAUCGUUUACCUCUCAAUAGAGCUCUACUUCAUCAUGAACCUGCUCUUGGCUGUGGUGUUUGACACGUUUAAUGGUGUGGAGAAGAUGAAAUUUAAAUCUCUUCUGCUUCACAAGCGCUCAGCUAUCGACCACGCGUUUCAGCUGUUGGUCAGCCGGCAGAGGCCGUUGGGUGUGUCGCUGAAACAGUUUGAUGGUCUGAUGCGGUUUUACAGACCGAGGAUGUCUGCACGAGAUCGCUUCCUCACAUUCAAAACUCUGAACACCUCAGGAGCUCCCAUGCUCAGUCUGCAGGACUUUUAUAAGUUCUAUGAGGUCAUUGGCCUUAAAUGGAAGGCACGACGUAGUGGAGAGCACUGGUUUGAUGACCUCCCCCACACAACCUUCCUCAUUUUCAAAGGCAUCAACCUGCUUGUGAAGUCAAAAGGCUUUCAGUAUGCCAUGUAUGUGGUGGUGGCCAUCAACGGUGUAUGGAUCCUCGUGGAGACGUACACGCUGAAUAGUGGAUUUUCCUGGUCCAGAAUCGUCCCGUGGAGUUACAUUGUUUUCCUGACCAUUUAUGGUGUAGAGGUGUUGUUAAAAAUUUCCGGUUUGGGGCCGAUGGCUUAUUUCAGCUCUGGGUGGAAUCUGUUUGACUUCUCAGUGACAGUGUUUGCCUUCAUGGGUCUGAUUGCUCUCGCCUUCGAUAUGGAGCCGUUUUACUUCAUUGUAGUUCUCCGACCUUUUCAGCUUCUCCGGUUGUUUAAGAUAAAGCAGAGGUAUUGUAAUGUGUUGGACACCAUGUUUGAGCUCUUCCCGAGGAUGGCAAGUCUGGGUCUGACUUUAAUCAUCUUCUACUACUCCUUUGCCAUCGUGGGGAUGGAGUUCUUUGCUGAUGUGAUCUAUCCAAACUGCUGCAACACAAGCACAGUGGCAGACUCGUACAGACUGAUCAAUGUCACCUACGGCAACAAAACAGUACUAGAGGAAGGCUAUUAUUAUCUCAAUAACUUUAACAACAUUCUCAGCAGCUUUGUGACCCUGUUUGAGCUGACUGUAGUCAAUAACUGGUACAUCACCAUGGAAGGAGUCACUUCUAUGACGAGCCACUGGAGCCGGCUAUACUUCAUGACCUUUUACAUUGUUACGAUGGUUGUAAUGACCAUUAUUGUGGCGUUCAUCUUGGAUGCGUUUGUGUUCCGCAUGAACUACAGCCGCAAGAACCGAGAACCACUAGUGAACCCAGAGGAUGAGAACGGGAUCGUGUUUGAGGUAGAGGUGAGUCGUGAUGAAUCUCUGGCUGCUCUGGAGCUGUAUAAACAGAUCUGCCCAGGACAGUCCUCCCUCAGCUCUCUACAGGGAGUCCUACAAGCGAUGGACAGAGGCGGGCACAUUUCUCUGGUGUACCUCGGGCGCAGGUCCAGGACUAAAAGUGACCUCAGCAUGAAAAUGUACGAGGAGGAGAUACAGGAAUGGUACGCAGAGUAUUCAAGGGAAAACCUGCCUCAGCCAGAACUGGACAGUCCUUUCUCUAAUCUGUCUUCCUUUCCAGAGCCUCAGCUCAACUCACAGACUGGACCUCACAGCAUUAACUAACUCCUAACAGAACAUACACACCACAACAAGAGUGUAUUUUAACAUUGCUAAGAAACCCCAUCAGUCAAGGAGACUUCUGAAGCUCCCUGAGCUCCGUUUGUACCACAGUGGGAAGAACAUCGUGGACCUUUUGGACUCGUGAGAGUGAGACGAGGUUAAGACUACCUUUUCCUGGAGAAGUACAGGUGUGUCAUUGGACCAGUGAGGCGGGAAUGUCGCCCUCUUUUGGCCUUUUUAAAGACUGCAGGAAACAUGAGCAGGGAAUCUGAACUGUUACAGCAUGUUGUGUAUGUAUACUGCUGAAGGCCUUCUGUGAGCUCAUGUCAAUCAUAUAGAACUUCAACCUGAUGCCUUAGUACAGUAGCUCAUAUGAACGGUAACUCAAACACACCUUCUACUAAAACUUUAAAAACCAAAAUGUUAUGCUAUUACACUUCUUUUAGCUCAAAUAAUGUCUCAACUACAAAGUAUUUCACCUUUUUAUAACUUCUUAUUCUGUAAUGUAUUUUAGUUAGUUAUUAAGGGAUUUUAUUAAAUUGUUCAAGUUGUCAUGUGCAGCGAUAUAUUUUUGUUAUACUACCAAACUCUUGGUUACUGCUAAUUUAGCUUCAACGUUUAAAUCAACAUGGGAAGCAAAGAAGGACUAGAAUAGCAUUCCUGCUGUACCACCUGUUUAAACAAAUACCAAACUCAGAUGAUUUUAAUGCCCCAAAUGCACUUUUGUACAGGGUCAUUUGAACAUUUGGAUUUACAGUACAUUUAGUGCAUUCACAAUGUUUAUAAUUUUACAAAUACAUGUGUUUACCCUGUGUACCCACAAAGUGCUGUCACAGCUUCGGUCAGCACAAAAGAAUGGUUGAAUAAAGGCACAAUGUGAUGAUUA